GUGUAUGUGUGAGUGUAUGUGAGUGUAUGAGUGUAGGAGGAACGAGUCUAAAUGUAUUUCUGUAUUAAUCAACAUUAUGACACAAAUGUUGAUUGAGCUUCACUUGUUUUGAACCCAGAAUAUUCAUUUAAAGGGUUCCGCCCCGGUGUCCGGUUCGCCGUCAUGACGUCACUCGCUGGACUUGACGGGACGGGGGCGCUCGAGCACACCGCGGCCAGCGGCGAUUUUUCCCUUUUUAUUUUUCCUUUUCUAAUCCCGAAAACUUCACCAUCGCCCCGAAAACACUCAGAAUAACCGAUCCACCGUUAACAGAUCACCGUCACCGGCGAGAUAGCGGGAGAUCAGCGGCGCGCGGCCUCCGGGACAAACUUUCUCACCGGCGCUGAACAGCGGCGUGAAUCUCGCGCGGCUCCGGGAUUUAACGAGAGCGGAAUUUACCCGUCACGAGCACAAAUAUUGGAGAAACACCGUCAAAUACCGUUAAACUACCGUGAAUGUGAAAAACAGACAGCCGCGGCGCCCCCGCCCGUGUCCUCCGGUGAAACUGACGGUAAACUGACGGUAAACUGACGGUAAAGUGACGGUAAAGUCUCUCAUCCGAGUCUUCAGCUCAUCUGAUCUUCAUGAGGACCGUGUGACCGGACAGAAGGACACACACCGGCGGCUGAACGGGAUUCGGUAAAGGAUGGCUGCCUCAGUGAAGGUGGCAGUAAGAGUUCGGCCCUUCAACUCCCGUGAAAACAGCAGAGAUGCAAAAUGUGUCAUACAGAUGCAGGGAAACACUACCUGUAUCUGGAACCCCAAACAGUCCAAAGAAGCAGCAAAGAACUUCACCUUUGAUUAUUCCUACUGGUCUCAUAGUACGGAGGAAGACCCAGCAUUUGCAUCUCAGCGUCAGGUGUAUCUGGACAUCGGGGAGGAAAUGUUACUUCACGCGUUUGAAGGUUAUAACGUGUGUAUAUUCGCUUACGGACAGACCGGUGCAGGAAAAUCCUACACCAUGAUGGGCAAACAAGAACCUGGACAACAAGGCAUCAUACCUCAGAUGUGUGAGGAUCUCUUCCAACGCACCAAUGAGAACACAGAUCCUGAGCUGUCGUACUCUGUAGAGGUGUCGUUUAUGGAGAUCUACUGUGAGCGAGUGAGAGAUCUGUUGAACCCAAAGAGUAAAGGAGCACUCCGAGUCAGAGAGCAUCCCAUCAUGGGUCCGUAUGUAGAAGACCUGUCCAAACUCGCUGUGACAUCAUACGAUGACAUCAGAGACCUCAUGGAUGCGGGAAACAAGGCCAGGACGGUGGCGGCGACAAACAUGAAUGAAACGAGCAGUCGAUCGCACGCUGUCUUCACUAUCGUCUUCACGCAACGCCGCCGAGAUCAGCUGACCAACCUCGACACAGAGAAGGUGAGUAAGGUGAGUCUGGUGGAUUUGGCGGGCAGUGAGCGAGCAGACUCAUCAGGUGCUAAAGGCGUCAGAUUGAAGGAAGGAGCAAAUAUUAAUAAAUCUCUCACUACACUGGGGAAGGUCAUAUCUGCACUGGCUGAAAUGCAAAGCAGCAAAAGAAAGAAGGCUGAAUUCAUCCCAUAUAGAGACUCAGUGCUCACCUGGAUACUGAAGGAGAAUUUGGGUGGUAAUUCUCGUACUGCGAUGAUUGCGGCUCUCAGUCCUGCUGAUAUUAACUAUGAAGAAACUCUCAGCACACUCCGAUAUGCUGACCGUGCGAAGCAGAUCCGCUGUAAUGCUGUAAUUAAUGAAGAUCCAAACGCCCGUCUGAUCAGAGAACUGAAGGAGGAAGUGAACAGACUGAGAGAUCUGCUGCUGUCACAGGGACUCAGUCAACUCGUCACACAACCAGCUGCUGAAGUCAAUAAUAAUCGUGUUUGUAUGAGUGUCUUGCCUGCUGGCCCUGGAUCUAAUGUAGCUCCACCAAUCACAGCACCCGAAUCAAGUGAAGGCUCCGCCUCUGAGGGUGACCCUGCCCCUGUGGAUGCUGACAGCCAAAUAGAAGAGUUUCAGGGGGAGAUAAUUACCAAUGAGGAAGCAGUGGAGAGACUGAAGGAAACAGAAAAGAUUAUUGCUGAGUUGAACGAGACGUGGGAGGAGAAACUGAGGAAAACUGAGUCUAUACGACUGGAGAGAGAGACUCUUUUGGCUGAGAUGGGCGUGUCCAUUAAAGAAGAUGGAGGAACUGUUGGAGUAUUUUCACCUAAAGGGACUCCUCAUCUGGUGAAUCUGAAUGAAGAUCCUCUGAUGUCUGAGUGUCUGCUGUACUACAUCAAAGAGGGAGUCACCAGAGUCGGUCAGAAGGAUGUGGAUAUUAAACUGAGUGGUCAGUUUAUUAAAGAACAGCACUGUGUGUUUUACAGCUACAUCAACCACAACGGAGAAGUGAGGAAUUCUGCAAAACAAGGCAAACAAAUGGAAGUGGCUCUGGAGCCGUUGGAUGGAGCAGAGACGUAUGUGAACGGGAAGCAGAUCAAUGAGUGUGUGCUGCUCAAACAGGGCAACCGUAUUGUGAUGGGUAAGAAUCAUGUGUUCAGAUUCAAUCACCCCGAGCAGGCGCGUCUGGAGAGAGAGCGCAGCACGUGUCUGGAGCAGCAGGGCGAGCCGGUGGACUGGAAUUACGCUCAGAGAGAGCUGCUGGAGAAACAGGGCAUCGACAUCAAAUUAGAGAUGGACAGGAGGUUACAGGAUGUGGAGAUUCAGUAUCGCAGAGAGAAAGAGGAAGCAGAUCUACUGCUAGAACAACAGAGACUGUAUGCAGAUUCAGACAGUGGUGAUGACUCUGAUAAACGCUCCUGUGAAGAGAGCUGGAGACUCAUAUCAUCCCUCAGAGAGAAACUACCAGCUAACAAGGUGCAGUCUAUAGUGAAGCGCUGUGGUUUACCCAGCAGUGGCAAACGCCGAGAGCCGUUACGAGUGUACCAGAUACCACAGCGACGGAGAAUCUGCAAAGACCCCGAGCAGGUGACCAUGAGCGAUCUAAAGUUACAGGCCGUCAAGGAGAUUUGUUACGAGGUGGCGCUCGGAGACUUCCGGCACUCUCGCCGCGAGAUGGAGGCGCUCGCCAUCGUUAAGAUGAAGGAACUGUGCCGCAUGUACGGCAAACGUGCCGCCGCAGAGAAAGACACGUGGAAAGAGGUGGCGCAAGAUGUGUGGGAUACAGUGGGCAUCGGAGACGAACGGGCUCAUGAGACGACUGACGCCAACACGGACAGAGAAACCAGCAAAACCGGCGUGUACAAUCUGAAAGCGCACAUCGACAAACUGACGGAUAUUUUACAGGAAGUUAAAGAGCAAAAUAACAUGAAGGACGAGGAGAUCAAAGCGCUCAGAGACAGAAUGAUGAAGAUGGAGAGAAUCAUACCUGUACAACAGGAGGACGAAUCAUCAGAGGAUCUGACUGUGGAGGGCAGUGAGGGGCGGGGCGAUGAGGAGGAUGAAAGUGGCUCUCUCCCUAAAGAGCAGCGAGUGUCACGAUUGAUGGAGGAAGACCCCGCCUUCCGAAGGGGCCGCCUGCGCUGGCUCAAACAAGAGCAGACGCGCAUACACAACCUGCAGCAGCAGCAAAUCACCAAGCGGCUGCGUAGAGGGGGCGGGGCUGGCAGUGGAGAGGGUGAUGUCCACCUUCCCGGUACGGGCCGCUUUAUUCCGCCGCAGGACCGCAAGCUGAAAUUCCCCUUUAAGAGCAGCCCACAGCACCGGCUGUCCUGGGGCCCGAACACGUCCGCUGCACAGGACGACGGUAAUGACGAGCGCGACGACGCUCGAGGCCCUGCCCCUGGCUUUCCGUUGCUUCCUAUACCGUUCCAAGUGCCAGUCGUCAUGCGCACGCCCUCUCCCAGUCGCCCCUGGCAGCCUCGCCACUACUGCAAUGGCAAUCAAUUUCAACAGCAACAGUGGCGCUAUCGGCGCAACUCGCUGGACGGCUCCACCCUGCCUGGCAACCAGGGUUAUUAUAGCAAUGGUCACCACAACAAUAACAACUCGCACCAACAGCAGGCGGGGCGUGGUCGUUACCGGCGACAGUCGCCGGGGCCUUGUGCGCACGGGGAAGGGGUGCGCGGCGCACCAGCAUACACGCAAACAUACAACAAUCAUCAGCGAGUCGCUCUGCAAACGUACCAGACUCUACCGCACACACAUGCAGAACAACAGCACGCCGCAAGAUGGACGAACAACCAAAAACACCAGGGCUACGUCACCCCCCCACGCAUGAGGCGCCAAUUCAGCGCACCUGACCUGAAAAGCAAAGAAACGCCCGUCUGAUGCACGCACACCUGUGUGUGUGUGUGUGUGUGUGUGUGUGUGUGUGUGUGUGUGUUGUUGUCAUGUCAUGAAAUGCGAUUGUUUUCUGGGUUAGUUAACACACAGUCUUGAGUAGUUCGUUCCAUAUUACAGUUUAUUCUGGCCAUGAACCGCCCACGUACACAGGAAGAGACCUAAUGUAAAUGUAAAGAUGUAAAGCGACCAAUGACAUUUCAUUUUUUACAUUUAGAGUAAAUUUAAGGUAAAGUAGAAUCUACAUUUUUGCUGGAGGAUCUCUAGUUUACUUGCUUUUACUGAAAGUCUCAAAACGCUCAAUGCAUUACAGCAGCCAAUCGGAUCAGAGCUUGUCAUUUUGUGAAAGCUCUCACCAUUAUUAUGAGCAAUAUGUAUAAUGUGGUCUUUGGGCGGUCCAAGGCUAGUUAACACAAACUGACCCAAACUCCGGUAACGUACAGUCGUCAGCGCCACUGUUUGCGUGUUUUAAGGAAGAUAUACCUCUCAGCAAUAACUCUGCCUUUGUGUAAGUUUGUUCAGCACUAGAUCUGGCCGUUUAUAUAUUCUGCCUCAGUGCCUUAAUGUGUGUGUGUGUGUGUGUGUGUGUUUGUGUGUGUGUGUUAUAGAUGGACAGAUUUACUGUCUGUGUAUCGGAAGGUGAAGAUCUGGAUGUUGUGGAGAGAUGGAGAGGACAAAUUGUUCUUUUUAUGAUUUGGUCGAACCGGAUUGCGCAACUUUUAAAAGGGAUAGUUCACCCAAAGUGAAUAUUCUCUCAUCAUUAACUCACCCUCAUGCCAUCCCAGAUGUUUAUGACUUUCAUUCUUCUGCUGAAAACAUUUGAAGAAAAAUAGUAAAAUAUCUCAGAUUAGAAGGUCAUUAUAAUGCAAGUGGAUGGUGAUCAGACCAUUUGAAUCUCCAAAAAGAACAGACAGUCAACAUAAACGUCAUCCAUACGACUCCAGCGGUUAAAUUAAUGUCUUAUAAAACAAAACAAUCGAUUUUGGUGCAAAAAAGAUAAAUAUUUAACCCUUAUGUUGUGUUUGUUUUGUGCUAACACAUUUUGUGUUCCCAGUCAAAAAUGACCGGCCCACUAAGAUUGUUAAUAAAUCUCUCAUAUUGCAUAUAUUAUCACCAGAUAUUGCAUUAGAUCUUUUUAUCAACUUCUUUUUUACUAAUUAUGUAAAUAACUAAAUAACUAAAUUAAUAACCACUUGCUUGAUCUGAACAUAAUAAGUGUCGUUUUAAAGCUUAGAAUCUGGACUUUACAAUGAAUAUAGCCGAUCUUACCCAUUCUUAAAUAAUUAUUUUUAAAUUGCUGACAAAUAAGAACUGUUUCAUCAUUUGCAGAUUUGUGACAAUAACAUAUCGUAACUUACAGCAGACGAUCCCGAUUCAAACGAGCCCAAACACAACAUAAUAUGAUGAGGAGAUCUUGAAAUAUUCCUCAAAGAGUGUGCAUGGAAAGAUGAUGCACACAUUGUGUCUGUGUCUGUGUGUGUCUCUGCGUGUGUUUGUGUCUGUGUGUGUCUCUGUGUGUUUGAGUGUCUGUGUGUGUGUGUCUGUGUGUGUGUCUGUGUGUGUGUCUGUGUCUGUGUCUGUGUGUGUCUCUGCGUGUGUCUGUGUCUGUGUGUGUCUCUGCGUGUGUCUGUGUCUGUGUGUGUCUCUGCGUGUGUUUGUGUCUGUGUGUCUCUGUGUGUUUGAGUGUCUGUGUGUGUCUGUCUGUGUGUCUGUCUGUGUGUCUGUCUGUGUGUGUGUCUGUCUGUGUGUGUGUCUGUCUGUGUGUGUGUGUGUCUGUCUGUAUGUGUGUGUGAGUGUGUGUCUGUGUGUGUGUGUCUCUGUGUGUGAGUGUGUGUCUGUGUGCGUGUGUCUGUGUGUCUCUGUGUGUGUGUUUGUGUCUCUGUGUGUGUGUUUGUGUCUCUGUGUGUCUGUGUCUGUCUGUCUGUGUGUUUCUGUGUGUCUGUGUGUGUGUGUGUAUGUGUGUGUGUAUGUGUGUGUGUCUGUAUGUGAGGUGUGUGUGUGUGAGUGUGUGUGUCUGUGUGUGUCUGUGUGUGUGUCUGUGUGUGUGUCUGUGUGUGUGUGUGUGUGUGUGUGUGUGAGUGUGUGUGUCUGUAUGUGUGUGUCUGUGUGUGAGGUGAGUGUGUGUGUGUGUGUGUGUCUGAAUGUGUGUGUGCUCAUCUAAAGGAUUGUGAUGCUCCUGAAAACUUAAUAUUUCUGUCUAAUCCAUUCAUUUCCAAUAACUGGUCAUUUUUGACCGGGAACACAAGUGUAACAAAGUGAAAUAAAACUAGAAAAUGGUUUUUAAUCCAAUUUUUUUGUGUGUUUUCAGAUAUCAUAUGUGAACAAAAUCUUGGAUUAAGAAAUUAUUUUAAAAAAUGGUAAGAAAAAAGUAAUCCGGGUCAAAACGACUGGAACACAACAUAAGGAUUAAGUACUUUUAACCGUAAAUCAUCACUUUCAUUCAGCAGCAGUACAUGCGUGUGACACAAUCGCGUUGGAAUGUUCAUGUGAGAACAGACGCAGGUGUGACACAAGGAAGAGCAGCACUGUUUACAACAGAGUAGAAGGAACGCUGUACAGAAGCUUUGUUGGUUUUAUCUGUUUGUUCACUCACAGUGGUGCGUUUGUGUGCUCAUCCUGGAUGUCUCAACCGAGACAAAAACGUGAGAUUAAGUCCGUAACAUGCCAACGAUAAUAUGUCACACGAGAGACCGCGUGAACUCCACCCUGUUGUGAAUUUAUACAACCCCAAUUCUGAAAAAGUCGAGUGAUUUCCAUCCACUUGCAUUUUAAUAACCUACUGAUCUGAGAUAUUUUAAUAUUUUUCUUCAAAUGUGUUCUGAUGAAGAAAGAAAGACAAACACAUCUGGGAUAUCAUGAGGAUGAGUAAAUGAUGAGAGAAUUUUUAUUUUUGGGUGAACUAUCCCUUUAAGGGAAACUUUGGUUGUAAAACUGUAAAGUGGAUUGGAAUUAUAAACAACAGUAUUUGACACAAAUCCAAGAAGGCUAGAUAGUUUUAUCUGGCACUUAUCUGACCACUCAACCCAUCCAAUACUGCCAAAAACACAUUUAUUUGAACAUACAUGAACUGUCCUCCCAACACGAGGGGAAAAAGAAACGAUAGAAAACAGAGUGGAAUGUGAAUGAAAUAUCUGCCUGUUAAAGAAGGUUUUCACAGUGCUGGAAAGAUUAUAGAUUGAUGAUGCAAGUGAUGUUUAGGGUUCAAAGGUCAAUAGAAUGAGGACAUGGGAUUGUAGUGAAGAGAGGUUUUUCCACAUUUGGAUUUUUAAUGACAAGGAUGUGUUUUAAACGAUGAGUUGGUGUUAUUUUCUUCAACAGGAGUUUUGAAAAUGUUCUGUAAACUGGGAGAAAAUUAUUCGUGAUUCUGAGACUCAUGCUGGAACGUUUAUUGUAGAUCCCACUGCAGUGAAAAACACUAAACUACAGACACAAUGAAUGUUCAAAGAGACGGUUCACGAGUACAUGAAGUGGAUCUGCCAUUUUCAUAUGCACAGGACGUGUUGUUGCGUUCAUUAACAGACAAAUGUUACAGUUGCAAACACUCAAUACACUUCAAAUGCAUGCUCCGCCCCCAGCUUCUUCUGAUUGGUCCAUGUCUUUAUAACUGACAUGUAUGCACGGUGUGUUUAAAAAAAUUGCGUAUCAUCUUACAUUUUGUGACAUAAUUUGCCACACAAUGGCGUACAUACACCGGCACUUUAAAAACAGCGCAUUUAGAAUGCGCCCUGUGUGAACGGCCGCUAAACACGUAGAUGCGAACUUCACAGGGCCGUUUAGUUCGAGGCUGCUCUGCUGUGAUUGGUUCAGCGAUGUCACAAGUGGGCGGGGUUAUGCGAGACUAAAUGUCAGGACGUGGAGCACAGGAUGGGGUUGAGAGGUGCUAAACGGAACGGUUUCUGACGAUGACCUUUGACCUUUAACAAAACGUGACAAUCUUUUGAUUGUCAUGUUUGACGAUGAUGAUGAUGUCACUUAUUUACACUUUUGCAAAUGAUUUCCUGCCUUAAUAUGACGCUUGUUUAGUUUCAUCUUUUAUUAGUUUUUCAGUUUGAUUAUGAUUUAAUUAGUAGUUCAUGUUUUGUUUAGCGUUUACAUGUGUGCGCGUGAAUGUGUUUGUGUGUUCACAUUUGUCAGAUGGGUUUUAAAACACGUGCAAUGUGAUUUUCAUUUGCACACAUUCAUGCAUCUUUACUGCAAAUAUACAGUGUGUGUGUGUGUGUGGGUUUGAGGGAAGCUGCUGCGCACAGAUAAAGCGUUUGACUUCCUGUGUUCAAACAUGAUAAACCUCACGUGUCUCUGGACACGAACUGACGCUUCUGUUUUUAUUUCUGUUGCUUUUUCUUUGGAUUUUUAGUUUUAAAAAUGGCAAUAAAUGAAAACAUGCAAAACCGAAA